AUGUCGUUUUACAGAAAGAGCGACAACGGCUUUGCGGAUGAAUUGAAAAACGCGAGAAAAUUAGGAUCUUUCAAGCAAUUUAUGGUAGGUAGAAGCAGUGAAGCGACAUUUUCGAAUGCUUUUGAGAAACAAGAAGCUAUAAUUCGAUAUCUUGGAGGCUUUGAUGCCACAGGAGAGAAUCUCCAAAGCAAUCACAAGCAAGAAGCAGCAAAGAAUUGUAAUUACACGAUUGCCGAUGUUGAGAAUGCUCUGGUCAAGUUUACGUGGGCCAAAGAAGCAUAAAAGAAGAUAGAAAAUCUAAAGAAAGAAGGAAAACCAAUACUCAGGAGUCUUGCUGAGGUAUCAUGUGCAAAGCUGAUGGGUUCUACACCAUUGGAUCUUGCUAGGUCUAACUUCGCCAAGAGUGGACAAAUAAGUAGGAAUGCGCUUUGCCCAUGUGGUUCCAAUAAGAGGUAUAAAAGGUGCUGCGGGAAGAACUGAAGUGAUUGAAGAACAAAGUAAACAACGCCCAGAAAAGAUCCCUACUCUACCAUGGAGAUGGAGUUUGGAGAGUCCAUCAGAACUCCUAGAAUCAAUUUUUGAGGUCUUAAAUGUCGAAGCCUUUUGUUUUAUUUUGGCUAGUUAGACGAGUUGGUCCAUGGAUUCAAUCAAAUUUGGGGA